AUGGUAGACCAUUGGAUUGAGAACAUGGAGACCUACCUAGACCUGGCAGUGUGCUCCGAGGUGGAGAAGAGGAUGAUAGUCACCUUCUUUCUGAAGGACAACGCUCUUGAUUGGUGGAAGAGUACGAAGAGGACAAGGGACGUGUCCACCUUGACCUGGGGGGAGUUUGUUCACCUCUUUCGGGAAAAGUACUUUCCAUCUAUAGUGAGGGAGGAGCUUGAGCUACAGUUUCUGGCACUCGAGCAAGGGAGUAUGACGAAGUUUCUACGGGGAUUUAAACAUGAGUACAAGAACAUCAUAGCUACACUCUGCCUUGCUACGAAAGAGCUGAUUUACGAGAGUGCAAUGAACUUGGAGCAAGUGAACAAGCUCCGUGAAAGUGAGGUGGUACCAGGAGAUGCUCAAGAAAAGGAGAAGGUUGUUACUUCGAGUAGUGGUGUUAUGGGUCAUAUUGCUUGCACAAAGCCGAAGAGGCAGGGAUUCUUCAGGUGUGGUCAUAACGGGCACAUGGUUAGGAACUGCACUAGACCACAACAAGCUGGACAGGGUAACCAGCAGAAGCAGUUACCUUCAAGACAUGCAAGGGUGUGUGCUAUUGGUCAAGGAAGCCCAUGA